UCCUCCCUCCUGCUAAACAGUGUAUCCCUUAACAUCGGAGGAUAUUUCUGUCUUCUUCUUUUUUUUUUGGCCCUAUCUUUUCAUUUCUCUUCAACCCGACAUAACUGUGUGGGAUAUCCCUGGGAGCACUGUUUUGUGUAAGUUUGUGAGUUGACGAGUUUAAAAGACACAGCUUUACUUUUUCGUGGAUUAAUUCAUUCUACACCUAGAUGUAGAUUUGGCUUGAGUCAUGCCAAGGUCACGUGACAGCGCAGCAUCGUAGUUGUGUUUUCGAAUUGGAUCAAGCGCAGUGAUAUCUCUACGUGUGUUGUACUCGUUCACAACGCCUCAUAACGCCUAUCGUGUUUCUGUGUUUGCUUCGCUUGAGAAAGUAAUUCCUUUCAUUUAAAUGGUUCUCAAUUAUGAAACAAAAGAGGUGUGCGGAUAAUAUUCUCAAACAAUUUGUGUCCUUGAUUAGCCUUCAAAAAAAAAAAGGGGUUAACUCCUUUAACCACCAACAUGUUUAUCUGAAGCUAUCUGAUGAUGUCCAUAUGUCAGUGAGACAUGUCAAUGAAGACAGCCGUUUUAUUGGAUUCUUCUGCUAAACCCAGAUGUAACUCAAUCAUAACUUUCCCUUUUAUCCUGUGAAAAGAUUCAUGAACAUCAGAGGUCGAGGAGGUAGAAUCAGAUCGAGGCUGUGAGAGCGUCACCGUGAAGCAGAAAUGACAGCCCUGGCCGAAGAAGUGGAUGACCGCUUUGCUGGUAUUGACAUAGACAGUCUGCUCAACCGAGCGGAACGGAGACCAUUCACCUACGGCAGGAAGAAGACGCUUUAUGAAGCUCCUGAGUUUAUUCAGAAAUUGCAAGGAGAGGAAACUGUGUUGGAAGGGCAGUCACUCUGCAUAGAUUGUAAAGUGGCAGGAUUUCCCGUUCCUACCCUAAGAUGGUUCAAGGAUGACGAGGAGAUCAUUGACCACCAGCGCAUCCACGUUGAGAACAACGGAAUGGGCAGCUACAGCCUGAUCAUUGCUUGCGUCAACAAGGGCGACGAGGCUGCGUACAGGUGCAGGGCUGAAAAUGUGGAAGGCGCCACCUCUUCUUUUUUCUUUCUUUCUGUUAAAGCCAAACCCAAGAGCCAGAAGAAGAAAGAUCCAAAGAGCGGACAGAACAGGAGGACGGUGUCGUUUCCGCCCAUGUUCGCCACCAUCGUGGAGAAGGUGGAGGAGGAGGAAAAACAAGGGCAAGAGUUACAGAGCCUGCCGCCCUCCCCCAUGACCGACUUUUACUACGCCCUUACGCUGAAGAGCAGGCAGAGUUGGCCUAGCUUCGUGGGAGACUGGGCCUUCGCCAACGGGCGCCCCGACAAAAGAAGAAACUCCACUGGAAGUAUCUGCAGCCACAGCGGCGAUGAGAGUAGUGACGACGAGGUCUUCUCUGGAGAUUCCAGCGAUUCAGGCGAGGACGUUGGCGGGAGUGCUAGGCGACAAGACGUGAGUCAGCCGUGCGGCAAAAGGCCUUUGUUUUACGUCAACAAUGACUUUAACGACGGCGGAGAAGUUGCUUCUUCGGCAGACGACCUGGUCAUCUUCAACAGCAACGCUCUAGCCGCAUGCCCAGAGUCAACUUCCUUGCUGGGCGAUAGCGGAAGUAACGCCAUAAACAAUAAUGAUGUCGUGCUAACGAAGAAGACUGAAAGUCGUAAAGAUGGCGAAAUUUCCAAAACGAAGAUUGAAGAUGAUCUGGUAAACAGGAAUACACUCUGUACAGGUCAGUCUUAUGAGAAAAUCUAUUCUGAUGAUAGAGUCAGUGAUAUAAAGUCGGACAAUGGACAGGAUAAGACUCGCAAUGAUAACGACAAAAAAUCCACGCCAAUGACUGACCCUAAUACCAACAACAGCGGAGAUAACUCUGCUCCACAACUGGAGUUCCCUGACGACAACAUGCCGCCUAUUGUUGUGGAGAUGUGGGACGAGACGGAGGAGGUCAGGUCCCCCGCACUCAAGAGCUCUGAAAGCAUACGACUGCCCUCCACCUCAAGGCACGCCGGACUCUUCGCUGACCGCGAGGAGAGAGAACCGACGCCAUUUUUCUUGGGCGGGAGCGUCAAAGAUGACCAGCUUCUUGGCUUUUCAAACAAAGGCUUCGUGGAGUCUUCGAGAAUCGAAAGGGAGCCGACGCCUUUCUUUGAUGAGAAAACCAAAGAGAUAAAAUCCAUGGAAGUGGCGCUUCUGGUGCCGGAUGCAACAGGGGUGAAAUUUGAAAGAGAGCUGACCCCGUUUUUCAACCAAGACUUAACAAGGUCGGAUUCUCAAGGGUCAAGCCAACCGGGACAUAACAAUGCUGCUAUUACGAUUCAACAACCUGUUUCUAUGAAUCCAAUUACUCAAUCGAAAAAAGGUCCGAUUUCUAGUACACCUAUUCGGCCAGCAAAAGAUUCAAAUAUGAAUAACACUCUUGCGAUUCUGAGAAAGGAAGAAGUCAAUAGUGCAGAGAACAAAGAGAAAAUUCAGCUGGCAGAAGUGAGAAACUGCAAAGCGCAAAUGCCCCAUAAUGAGGGCGAGAAAACAAAGGGAGACGACGUAAUUGGAGAUAAAGAUUCACAGCAGACGAGAGAGAGCAAACCUGACGUACGUGACCGCGGUUGUGGUGGGCGUAGAAGCAGAUCUGAAACCAAGGUGACCAAGCAGGUUACUGUAGAAGCCCCAAGACCUCGGGCUCUCAGCGUACCAAGAGACACUUCGCCUACUAUCGCCAAAUCGGAACCAGAGGAGCCUAAAAGAAGAAGGGUAUCAGGCAAAGCCUCAGCAGCAUCCAAAGCGGAGAUAAGAGUUGUCAAAGAGGCUUCAGGCUCUACUACCACAGGAAAAGUAUCGACAGCCACUACUGGGCCCACAGUUUUAUCUGUAGGAUCUUCAGGGAAACCAGUUGUAGAAUCUAAAGCUAGAUCUGUCAACACUUUAUCAACACCUAAGGCAGUUCCACAAAUAUCUUCUAAAGCUACGCCAAGCUCAACAAUCUUACAAAAAGCUACAAAUGGUUCAUUAUCUUCAAUAACUAACACUACCUCGAAUGUAACAGGGCAUGCAGUGAGCUACACCGUCUCAAGAAAAGCUCGAUCAGAACCUUCUGUAUUAAAUGUUAAAACCAGUGCUACACCCCUUUCUUUAGCUUCCACGUCUUCAGCGACUCAAAACCUUAGCAGCACAACCACUGGAGCUCCACAACCUUCUAUCUCGCAGAGUACCAACAAUGGAACAGGAAAUACUGAUAAGAUCCCUACCAAAAUAAAGAACAAAAAGGAAAUUGCCAACUCCGAACUAGUCUCUCUUACUAAUCAAAACACGAACCGAAAGCAAAACGAGUCAUCCAUCCAGCAUGAUAAUUCUUCGCAAAAUUCUACACAAUUAAACCAAGAAACUAAGGAAGAAGUAACCCCACAAAAACCCAAACUGAACCUAACGAGCAGGAUAAGAAAAACAAUGAAAGGUUUCUUGCCACAAACAAAUUCUUCAACGAAUCUAUUGUCUUCCAGCGAACAUUCAACAUCUAAUCAAGUAUUGAAAUCAAAUAAGGUAAAGGCAACAGAAUCAUGUUCUGGCAGUAUGGAUUCUUCCAUUCUGCUCUCCUCGGAUAUUCCUUCAGAAACAAAUCCGGUAGAGUCUUCAAGUAUUACCAGCACCUCUGUUCCAGAAGCGCCUUCAGCAAGACCGAAAGAAAAGUCAUUUUUCUCUCAAUUAAUUUCCAAUUUCCACAAAACCAGGUCAAAAUCGGACAAAAAAUCUAAGCCUGAAAAGGAAAGAAAUAAAAAACACUUCUUAUCAAACGAUCGCCGCGCGACAACAUCGCCAGCAAAUACAGAGCCGUCUUCAGAGGAUUCUCAAAGACCCGCACAGCCGCAAGACAAUGCUCGAAGCACGAGGCCUUUCUCGGAGAAGAAGCUGGCCAAGUAUUCUCCAUUCGGGUCUCGCACACCAGAGGGUCUGUGUUUCCUUCUGUUAAUGACCUUGUUCUGCCUGUACAUGGACAUGCCUGUAGAAAAGUUCAUCUGCUACGUUUUAGCCACUUUUUAUACUUUCUGUGUCCUGCGUGUCAUAGGCUUAAUAGAGUAGUCCAAAGCAAAGCUGCUGUUUAAAGAAGAGUACAACACUUUGACAAAGGUGGGGCAGGCAAUCUGCUCUCACGUAUUAGGAGUGAAAUUUAAUACUACUUCCGUUUGAUAGUACUUCCGUCCUUUCCAGCCCUGAGCACCCCUCCACUAGAUAGUGUACGUCCCUGGUGUCUGCUGUUUGCAUUGUUUUAUCUCAUUGGUUAUGAGCUCAUACCUUAGUUUAUUAGAACGAACACCGCUCACUGGCGCACACUCAUACCACAUUAUUGUCACUAUUAACUUGAUUGCUUCGAUGAGCUUGCAUGACUAGAUUGAUACAUGGAACAGGGCCGGCCUUAGAUAAGUGGAGACCCUAGUUAAAGUGAAUUCGGUUUCCCCAAAUGAAAUUUAAAAAAAAUUAAAAGAAACAUAAAAAAAAGUACGCAAUUUAUUAAAAACUUACCAGUUUAUAUCUAAAUCGUUAAAUAACUGAAAUUCGUUUAUCGCUAUUUUCCUAGUUAUUCGCAGGCUAAGGUGGCUUACGCUUUAGUGGUAGAGGAGAUGGGGCCUUUUUCGCUUGGCACGCUUUUCUUCCAGAGCUGAGGCCCAUGUCACACUGAUCUCCAGUUUCCGUAGUAGAGACAGAGUUAGAUCAGUAAACAUCGAGUCAAAGUGCUCUCGGAGAAGAAGCUGGCCAAGUAUUCUCCAUUCGGGUCUCGCACACCAGAGGGUCUGUGUUUCCUUCUGUUAAUGACCUUGUUCUGCCUGUACAUGGACAUGCCUGUAGAAAAGUUCAUCUGCUACGUUUUAGCCACUUUUUAUACUUUCUGUGUCCUGCGUGUCAUAGGCUUAAUAGAGUAGUCCAAAGCAAAGCUGCUGUUUAAAGAAGAGUACAACACUUUGACAAAGGUGGGGCAGGCAAUCUGCUCUCACGUAUUAGGAGUGAAAUUUAAUACUACUUCCGUUUGAUAGUACUUCCGUCCUUUCCAGCCCUGAGCACCCCUCCACUAGAUAGUGUACGUCCCUGGUGUCUGCUGUUUGCAUUGUUUUAUCUCAUUGGUUAUGAGCUCAUACCUUAGUUUAUUAGAACGAACACCGCUCACUGGCGCACACUCAUACCACAUUAUUGUCACUAUUAACUUGAUUGCUUCGAUGAGCUUGCAUGACUAGAUUGAUACAUGGAACAGGGCCGGCCUUAGAUAAGUGGAGACCCUAGUUAAAGUGAAUUCGGUUUCCCCAAAUGAAAUUUAAAAAAAAUUAAAAGAAACAUAAAAAAAAGUACGCAAUUUAUUAAAAACUUACCAGUUUAUAUCUAAAUCGUUAAAUAACUGAAAUUCGUUUAUCGCUAUUUUCCUAGUUAUUCGCAGGCUAAGGUGGCUUACGCUUUAGUGGUAGAGGAGAUGGGGCCUUUUUCGCUUGGCACGCUUUUCUUCCAGAGCUGAGGCCCAUGUCACACUGAUCUCCAGUUUCCGUAGUAGAGACAGAGUUAGAUCAGUAAACAUCGAGUCAAAGUGCUCUACUACGUUUGACAUCUGAUCCAGUGCGAGGCACCCCACCAAUUGGAGUCCCUAGGCGGCUGUCUACUUUGCCUAUGCCUAAGGCCGGCCCUGCAUGAUGGGUAUUCGCAAUUUAUAAAUACUGAGCAACAUUUUUUAUUUGUUUGUUUUAAAGAAGUAUAUGUAAAUUACAAGUACCCUUUUAAGAACAUGCAAUGAUACUAUUGUUUUCAUUCUCAUUUACCCCUAAAUACAGACUUCUGUAUAUUUAUAUUUGAACUAAAGGAAAAGAAUAUUUGAUAGGUAUGCGACAUUUUUGAGUGUAUAGUUGUUUUUUUUUAUGAAUGCUGUUUCAAGCUACAGUGUGUAUUAAGUAAAGGCAAUCAACGGAGCGUGACGACUGUGUUACAAAUAACAAGAACUAUAGCCAACUAUUGUUAUAGUAACAUGAACUAUAACCAACUAUUGUUAUAGUACAGCAAGCCUGGAAUGUUGUGACUGCAGCUAAAUAGAAUGUCUGAUUACCAAUAGAUAACGUUUUAUAUUUGUGCUCAUUUUGUAUGAAAUUUCGUAAAAAUAGUUUGAUCCUACGGAGAUGUAAAUGCAAGAUGUAAUUAGAUGAUGUAAUUACGAGAUGUAAUUAUGAUUUGUAAUUAGAUGUAAUUACGUGACGCUAUUUAGUUGGAUUGGUUCAUAAAAUUAAAAAGAAGAAUCAUAA